GCUGAGGAAGUCGACCUGACCAUGGUGUAUCAGGCGGCGUCUAAUGGAGAUGUCAAUGCUCUGACUGCUGUGAUUCGAGAGGACCCUUCCAUCCUGGAAUGCUGUGACAGCGAAGGAUGCACGCCCUUGAUGCAUGCGGUUUCCGGACGUCAAGUAGAUACGGUGAAACUGCUGUUGAAGAUGGGCGCCAACAUUAAUACCCAGGACGCGCAUGGCCGCACCAGUUUGUGCCUGGCAACCUACCUGGGCUGGCUGGAAGGCUGUGUGAGUCUGCUCAGAAAUGGUGCCAAGCACAACAUCCCAGAUAAAAAUGGCCGCCUGCCACUGCAUGCUGCCACCGCAGAGCCCGAUGUGAGGCUCCUCAUAGUCCUGCUGCAGCAGUCAAGCCUCAGUGAGAUCAACCAUCAGGACGCGGAGGGAAUGACACCGCUCCACUGGGCAGCUUUCCAUAACCGGCCUCAACACACCCAAGUGCUGUUGAAGAAGGGGGCGGAUCCCACUCUCGUGGACAAGGACUUUAAAACAGCCCUCCACUGGGCAGCCCAGAGUGGAAAUAGAAUCCUGUGCUCCAUCAUUCUGAGUCACCAUAAGGGCCCGUCCAUUAUCAACUAUGAUGAUGGGAGCGGAAAGACCUGUGUCCAUAUCGCAGCAGCUUCAGGUUUCAGCGACCUUAUUAACGAUCUGGCAAAAGUCCCUGAGUGUAACCUGCAGGCUCUGGAUGCGGAUGACAGGACACCCCUGCACUGGGCUGCAGCUGCCGGAAAAGCAGAAUGUGUCCAGGCACUGCUGGAGCUGGGCAUGGAGAGCAACCUGAGGGACAUUAACGAGAGCACACCCCUAGCCUACGCCAUGUACUGCGGUCACACAGCCUGUGUCAGGCUCCUCUCCCAACAAGGCCGCGCAGAACCUGCUCGGCCUCUUCCUUCCCAGAACAGCCGACCCCAAAAGAAGGAAGAACGAUUCAGCGUGCUCAACCAGAUCUUCUGCACAAACAAGAAAGAAGAGCAAAAAGCCCAUCCGAAGGACCAUAGCAGGGACAGACACAAGGAGGAGGACACCUCGGAAGUCAAUGACAUCAUCACCACCUUCGACAGUGUCGUGGAUACCAACUGCCAAGAUCAGCCUGGUGAUCAGGUGGCUAUGGUUGUCUUUAAGAAGAGGACCUCAGAGAAUUCAAAGUAUCUCUUGCCAGAAAAGAAACCCCUGGCCCGGAAAGGGCUUCCACCAAUCAGAACACAGAGUCUCCCACCCAUCACUCUGGGCAAUCACUUCCUGACAGCCUCCCAUGGAGCCAUUUCCCAUGCUGGCCUAAGCUCUGGUCCUCAGCAUACUGCCCAACGUUCUCAGAAAAGUCGAAGUGAACAGGACUUAUUAAAUAACAGGACUGGCUGCCAGAUGUCACUAGAUAAUCCCUGGAAAGGUGACACUAACCAAGCGUUCUCCUGCAAGGCUUGGACCGUGUCUUCUUCUGAUAAGUUACUAGACAGGCUAUUUGCUGGCCAGCCUGGUCACCAGGAGAUCUCUGGGCCACCUCAUCUUCCUCAUCUACAUAAUCCCUCACCAGGACAAACUCUGCAGCAUCUCUCCCCAAACAGACCUAAAUUCAGGGAUCUCCCUCUCACUCGGAACAGCCUUGCACCUCUGCCUGACCAAAAAUUUCUAUCUGGAGAACCCCUGAGAACAAACCGAGUACUUCCAGCGAUUCCAAGCCAGCGGGGUCACGGCCCACCGAGUGAAGAGAGCAAGCCGUCUGCCAAUCCCACCCACGAUGAAAACUGA